AUGAGCUUCUUGGAGUUCCAAUUAGGUGACGCGUUCACGGAUAGCGGGUUUUUACCCGAGCCUGCGUCCGCAUUGCCGCUAGAUUCCGUACCGUUGCGCGAAUCCCAUAAAGGUUUCCAAGUCCCAGUGCCGGAUUUGCUUGAGUCUCGCGAGGUCGAGACCAACACUUUACAAGAGCGUAUGAAAUUGUACGUUGACAGCUCCAUGCGAGGGCUAGAACUGAGGUCGCAGCCGGCGUCGAACCGUGACCACGACCGCAGCGCGGUUCCAGGUGCGACAAGUCAUCUGGCUGACAGGGAACAGUCGCUUAAGCAAAUGGUCGAAGUCAGUGGGAACUACAAACCCGAGAGCUCCGACAGCGUCAUUUCCAGAAAACUGUCACGAAUCCUGAACGAGUACGACGGUAGAACGUAUCAAAAAGACCAAGACUUACGUCGUUCCUUCCUUGCGCUAGAAGCGCAUCGGAAAGUUCUGGCUUUCAAUGAGUCCGUCCUGGUGCAACCCAGCGUCAUGGGCUCCUUGGCACGUCAGUCUCUGAAGAGCAAUCUGGAGCAUUUGUUGUUACAAAAUAAUCUCACGUUUCUGGAAAACAUACGACCUGUGGUUAAUAAAAUUCAACGGCUCUCUGAGCCAAUCGAGCGCACACUCACGAUCGGGAACCGUGUAUGUGAAAAACGGCCGACUCCUAUACCUGACGAGGUGUGGUGCCGGAUCAAAGAUAAACAAGAGCAAUUACAGACGCUUAAAAUGCAAAAAACCGUGCUUUCCGCUGUUCGCGAUAGUCUUACGUUGAGUCAGAUUGAAGACCACGCUAUCCGGAAUGCAGAAAUAGAUACUGAAUUUCUGCUGGUUGUUAAUCGGAUUAUGAUUAUAAAAGAACGAGCCACUUACCUACUGACGUUACCGAGCGCAGAAGCCGGUAAAGCGCUUCUCAAGCACGUCAAUUCCCAGCUUGAGAUUGCAAACAAACGCAUUUACAAUUAUCUGGUUGAUUUUCUUUACGACCUACAAUCUGCCUACAGAACCUUUGGUGAACGAUCUUUCACUUCUAACGACAAAACGUUUGUCGUAUUUCGCAAAUGCCUUGUGUAUUUGUCUAGCGAUUUGCCCUAUUUCAGCGAGUUUUUGAAACGCGUCGUCAAGAUGCGUUCCCAAGCAGCACUCGACAAUUUCUUGUCGCAAUUUGAUGUCGAAAGCUCGUCGGAAUCGAAACCCAUCAUACUAUCAGCCCACGACCCAAUCAGGUACCUGGGCGAUGUCUUAGCAUAUGUCCAUUCGCUCAUUGUGAAUGAAGCAGACUUCGUGAACUCUAUGUUCGAUUUCCAAACCUUUGACGAGGAAGAGGACAGCCCACAAUCCAUCAUUAAUAAGAACCAAAAAUUCCUAAGUGAAUUGAAUUUAAAAGCCCUUAACGAUAUAAUGGUACCCCUGGAAAACUCUAUUCGAAUUCGACUGGAACAAAUUAUCAGAUUUGAAGACGAUAUUCUCACAAACUUCGAUAUUUUCGAUUUAUUAAAACUCUACGAAAUGAUAUUUACGAAAUAUGGCAUUUUCGAGGACAGCACACUUAUAAGAAAUCUGAAUGCUCUGGAAAAUGUUUCUUCCAACAAGAUAGGCUCGACGCUCACCGACACUUUGUCAACCAUCGAUACUCGGCAGGAAAUUGGAGCCGAUCUGUUACCACCUAGCUGGUUAGCAGAAUAUUUGACCACGCUUUGCGGUGUUUUCGCUCGAUAUGAGAAAAGUAGUUAUCCAGAAGACGCAAAACAGAUUGUGAGCGUGGAAUUCUUGAAUGAAACUACCGGGCGUCUCGUCAAUGACAAGCUCGAAGAGUUUCUUCACAAGAAUUUCCCCGAUAUGAAAAGAAAUCCAUCGGAAAAGGAAAAUUUUCUGGUAGCACAAAUCAACUGUUUCGACAAUGUUAUCUCUAAACUCAAACCUUUCAAAUCGACGGUCUUCGAUAACGAUGGCAACAUCCUUAUUAAGGUGGAAAAUCAAAUGCAGUCAUCAAUCAAAGCCUUGACAGAGUUCGAGAGUCGCUUAUUGUUCCAAAAAACGGGACUCGAGCUUUACUUUAAUCUUUUCAAUAUGAUUUUCCCUGUCGAGUCUGUGCAAGAUGAACUGGAUUACGACAUGUACUUAUCGACGCUGGAAAAUCCCAUAAUGAAUUUAACCAAAAUUCGAGAGUCUGUGGAAAAACCGGUCUCGGACCUCAUGCCUGCCGCUCUCGAUGAAUUCCAAAAGAACAAAGUUUUCCACAUCAUGUCACCGAGAAUUGGAGAACAAAUUACGAAUACUUGCCUGAGACAACUUCUUCGUUUCUAUCAAGUAUUCCGUCAAGUUCUUCUGCAUUUGUACCCCGAUAGCCAAGAAGAGGUUCUAACGGUGUUGAAAUUUACAGGCGAUGAGGCUGCUAUGCUGUUUGGGCUCAGCGACUGA